AAUCUUUGAUUUGUUGUCAUCGCUGUGUGUCAGUAUGACUUGUCACCAACUCACAACUAGUGUAAUCACCUGAUAACCGCGAAGAAAAACACAUUACCUCCAAGAAAUGAAUGAACGCGUGCGGCGAUUGACCCCCAGCCGCCGCAGCAACCGCGCGCGAUGAGGCACAAGCCGCCAGCCAGCUAGUUCACCUCGCGCCUCUGCGGCGAUGUCCGAAUCGUCGUCGUCGACGUCGUCGCUCACGGCGCCGUCCACAUGGUCGCUGUACUCGGCGUCGCAGAAUCUCGCCGGCGUCCUCAACGACCCCAACAAGGGCAAACAGACCAACUUUUUCAUCCGCACCUGGGGCGAUGGCUUCGUCGAGAAAUCCGACAUCGAAAAGAGCCCGUUUCUGCCCGACAUCAAUCACACCCAUUUCGAUUCGUACCUCAAAAAGGUGGGCAAACGCUUUCGGCGGCAUCGCCGCCUCUCAAGCACCAAGUCGGACGCGGGUCGCACGCGUACGAAAAGCGAAAGCAAUGCGGAGAACGUCGACAGCAUUCCGGAGAUAUUCCUCAAGGGCGACUUCCCGCUCAGCAAUCCCAAAGUGUUCAGCCAAGUAUUUGGAACCCUAGAUGAUACCAGCUUCAAUGAGCGCAGCCUUCACGAAUCGCUCACGCAUUAUCUCGACAUCGUCGAGGUGCAAAUCGCUAAGCAAGUAUCGCAGAAAUCCGGCGCUUUUUUUCACGCGAUGACCUCACAUGACACCAUCAUGGAGCAAAUGGGCACGGCCUGUGGGGAAGUACGACAACUCCGGGGUAAAAUCAAAUCAGUCGAUGAGAAUCUAGCGAAGAAUCCGCUGAAAUUACUAGCGUUGGCGCGCUCACGCUCGAAUCGCAUCGCACUCGUUGACAAAAUCAAAUUCAUGUCCACGGUGCUGCAAACGCAACCCACCUUACAGCUUUUAUUAAGUUCUUCCGAUUAUGUGGCAGCUUUGGAACUAAUCGAAAGCACCCAGCAGGUUUUAGCAAGGGAAUUAGCUGGUGUAACUAGUCUACGACAUCUUCCCUCACAACUUAAAGAAAUGUCUAGGCUUAUCGACAAAAUGCUCACGACAGAAUUCGAACGUUACGCUGCAGCGGAUUUACAUCGACCUCUAGAUGCUCCUGAAGGUGUCUUAGAACCGGAAAGAUUAAUAUCUCUAGUCGCUGGUUUACUCCGACAAAACCAUCUGAGUUUUUUAGAAGUUUACAAACUGGAAGCGGUGACAGCCGCACAAGCGGUACUUAAACAAUUGCUCAUCGAGCAGUUGGCUGAUGUCGAAGAUGAUUCUGAACAGUGUCUGACUGGUUCAGGCGAAGCUACACCAAAUUUAGACUCGUCGCAUUGGUUGCGCGUGUUGGCGUUGGCCAGCGACGCGCUGAAGAAGCUAAUAAGUCGAGUCAGAGACGUGCAUGAUAUGAUUAAGCAAACUGCGCAGGUGAGCGCAGGCGUGAUCACACCGAGUGAUUCUAGUCUUGUACAACAAGAGAAGUUCCUUCAUAUAGAUGAUUUAAAACGCGUCGAAACAAAAUUGAAGGAUCUCUUGGUGUCAAUUUGCGAUUACUGCAACGAACGCCUUGCCUCCCUGGUGAGUAAACAGUCGGAUCGACAAAACAUCACCGCUGGACAGAUAAAUGAACUGUCAGCGAUUGUUGAAGACUUCACCGACGCCUGUGAGAAGAUCUGCGGGAGGCAGAGCGCUGCGUUAAAAGCAGCUUUCAAGAUACAGGCAGGAAACUACGUAAAUAAAUUCCAUAGUCAGCGAAAGAAUAAGCUCACACUGUUAUUAGACGCGGAGCGAUGGAAAGUCGCUGAUGUGCCGCAUGAAUUUCAACUGCUGGUUGAUAAACUCGCAUCGGGUGAAGUUAUCGAUACAAUACCCAACUCACCGACGGAGAAUAACAAUAAAAACUUCGCGGCGUGUCUGGUGAUUAACGAUCAGAAGUAUGUGACGGUCGGUACGGUGCUGAUGCUGAUUAGACUCGUGUGCGAGUACUGCGUGUGCGCGCACAACUUGCCGCUGUUAGCCACGGUGGUUUAUCGUAAUCUAGCCGAGUUGCUGCGGACGUUUAAUUCGCGAUCAUGCCAGCUGGUGCUGGGUGCCGGCGCGUUGAAAACCGCCGGGUUGAAAACGAUCACCAGUACGAAUCUUGCGUUGACAUCGCGCGCGUUGCAACUGGUGCUUUGGUUGGUGCCGCAUAUACGUGCGCACUUCUCGAUUGUUGCGCCCGAAGCGGUAUCAUCGCUGGAUACUGUCGAGAAAGAUGUCGGACAUCAUAUACAACAGCUGGAGACGAAAGUCUUGUCGAUUAUGAAUUCGCUCUUUGGCGAAUCGUUGAAUGAAUGGGACGCGAAACCGCCAGUGCCGUCGAAGGUUUUUCGAAACAUCUCGAAACAUUUGACGAAGUUACACGAGGCAGUCAGCAGCGUGCUGCCUGCUGAGCAAGUGACUGAUGUCUAUGAAGUGCUCCAUAAGAACUUUAAGUGUCGGCUGCGCGACCAGUUGUUUAAAAUGAACAUUCAGAAUAAUGGCGGCCCGCAGCACGGCGUCGUAACGCAGGAGUUGACUUUCUAUAUCGAAACGCUACGGAAUAUUAAUGUGAUAUCCGAGAAAUACCUGUCUGAUAAGGCCAUGGAGGACAUUUGGCUGAAGUAGUUUUUAAUAUACAUAUUUGGUAAAUGAUGCGCGGGGUGAUUACGGAAAAUUGAUUAAAUAUUUAUUAAAAAGUU